AAAAAAUUUAAUUUUUUAAAAAUGUACAUAUUAUGUUGCUAAUUAAAUAAAUAUUGAAUCGACUGUAAUCGUUGUUCUUAUUUAGACACGUGGUGCGCAGAGUGAAUCCAAGAUGGCGGCCUGCAUGUGUGUGUGCAAACAGCUGUGCUGAUUUUAUUUAUAAUUAUUCAUCAUCAUUAAUAUUACUAUUGUCAUAACUAAGCACUUUGGGAUAUCAGUCCAUCUCUCAGGUCGUUAUGGCCGAUGUGCCUCCAGAGUCCUCUGUCCUGAACGAAGAACCCUGCAUCAAACCAGAACCUCCACAGGAGAGCAAGCUUCUGGAGGACCCUACAGCAGAAAGAAGCAAGGAUGAAGGAGGUGAAGGUGAAGAAUCCAGCAGCUCUGACGUCUACCGGUACAUCAAGGAGGACCUGUUCACCUCCGAGAUCUUCAAGGUGGAGAUCCAGAACCUGCAGUACAUCGGUUUCAACGACCUGAAGAAGUUCCUGAACAAACACAGGCUGAACCCACACAAGAUCAAGCUGAUGGGGAAGCAGAUGUUCGCCUUCGUCACCUUCAAGAACCAGGAGGACAGGGACAAGGCCAUGAAGGUGGUCCACGGCGUGCAGUGGAAGGGGAAGGUCCUGAGCGUGAGGUUGGCCAAGCCCAAAGCCGACCCUCUGCUCAGGAAGCGCAGGCAGGACGGAGAUGCGGGAGACGGACAGCCCACACCCAAACGUCUCGCCGAGGGACACGAGGAUGCCGAGGACCAACCCCUCAGUGUCCGGAUCGCCAACGUGGUCACGCCCCUGUGGCAGGUCCCCUACCAAGAACAGCUCCGGAGGAAGGAGCAGGAGGUGGAGUCCGUCCUCCACGUGCUCACCAGGGAGAUUGGUAACAGUAAUAAAGCCAUGUUGCCGUGGCUGUUUGUGCAGAAGGAGAAGAAUAAAGGUGUGUGUUGUGCCCUGGAGCCGAUCAGACCGUCACCUGCACAGACGGAGUACAGGAAUAAGUGCGAGUUUGUGAUUGGGACCGGUGCGGACGGAGAAGAUAAGACGGUGGGAUUUCGCUUGGGGAAAUAUAAAGGAGGCUCUUGUUCGGUGGUGAGUCCCUCAGACACCAUCCACGUUCCUGCAGCAGCCAAACGCGUUGUCCUCGCCUUCCAGAACUACAUCAGGAUGACUCCGUAUGCUGUGUACAGUCCAGAGACGUAUGAAGGUCACUGGAGGCAGCUCACCGUCCGCACCAGUAGAACCAACCAGAUCAUGGCCAUCAUCUUCUUCAAUCCACAGAAGCUGUCUGAGGAAGAGACGGUGAGUGUGAAGGAGUCUCUGAGACGUUAUUUCACAGACGGAGAAGGGAAGGACAGCAGGGUCACGUCUCUACACUUCGUCAGGAUGGGACAGAGGACGUCUGCAGGGACGGAGGACUUGCCCUGUGAGCUGGUGACCGGAGAUGCCUGGAUCCACGAGGAGCUGCUGGGCCUCAGGUUCCAGAUCUCCCCUCACUCCUUCUUCCAGACGAACACAGAGGCAGCGGAGGUUCUUUACUCCUCUGUAGGUGAAUGGGCUCAGCUGGACCAUGACAGCACUGUGCUGGAUGUGUGCUGCGGAACAGGAACAAUCGGCAUCUCUCUGGCAAAGAGAGUGAGGAAGGUGAUAGGAAUCGAGUUGUGUCAGGAGGCAGUGGAUGACGCUAAAGUCAACGCUCAGGCAAACGGUUUGACCAAUGUGGAGUUCCACUGUGGGAAAGCGGAGGACAUUUUCCCCACAGUACUCAGCGCCCUGGUGUCUCCUAAUGUUACUGCUAUCGUAGAUCCUCCACGAGCAGGACUGCAUUCCAAGGUGAUUUUGGCGAUCAGACGGGCGGAGCAUCUGAAGAGGCUGGUGUACGUCGCCUGUAACGCCAAAGCGGCCAUGAACAACUUCGUGGAUCUGUGCAGAGCUCCGUCUAACCGUGUCCGUGGAGCACCGUUCCGUCCGGUUCGAGCGAUGGCUGUGGAUCUGUUCCCUCAGACCAUGCACUGUGAGACCAUCCUGCUCUUCGAGAGGGUCGACUACGGCUCCGGCGCCGAGCACGUCGAGAACUCGGGGCUGAAGCCCACACCAUAAACAGCUCAUCAUUUCUUGGUUCAUUUAUACCAUUUGUUUUUUUUCCUCAAAGUAGCAUCAAGAUGCAUCAUUUUGAGUUCGAGCAGCAUUUUUCUGACCCUGAAAUUAACUCCGCCCCUUUGCCUUUACACGUGGAAAAAGACCAUUUUCAGUGAAGAAGAAAAAAAAAGGGCCACUUUUUACUCUCGUCAUCGUCAAUCACGAUGAUCACUGCGACUUUAAUUCACCAUGUAAAGUUCAAAAAAUAAAGAAUAAAAGACGAGAAAAGACGACACUUGUCAUGACACUUUUUAUUCGUUUUGCAUAAAGUUCUCUCCGUCCCUCAGCGAUCGACGGGUCACAACUCUGAUGAAGAAAGAACGUUAGCGAUGUGCUUUCAGGGGAAGGUCUUCCUCUUUUCAGCACGAAGGAUCGGACGCUGAAGCGUAGAUGAAGACGAUGAAGCAGCAGGGUUUUGAAAGCGGUAACGGAUUUGUGCUGUUCUUCCAGCAGGUAUUGCGUCAUCUCAGCAGACUUUCUCUCACGUACGGCGAUAAAAAAGAUCCUGAAGCAAACUACAUACUAUAAAAAUGCAUAAGACGUUAAAGCUUUGUUGGUACGUCCUCGUUAGCCGCCUUUUUGUAUUUUCUUUUUUUAUUUAAAAAAAAAAAAAGUGUACAGUCACAUGAUGCUGGAAAUAAUAACACACACACACAGGGUUUACAUUCGAGUGGUUGAACUCAAGCUCAUGCCAGUAACAGCAGUACCAUUUCUCACAGCUAGGUAGCGUCACUAUUGUAUUUUUUUUUUCGUAUGUGAAAAAUGGCACAGAAUGAAAUGUAAAUAAAAAUCUGGGUGUUUGUUGCUCCUAACGGCGUGAGAGAAAAGCGUAGAGCUCCGAGCCCUUGUGAUUCUCUAAAAGGCGUAUGUUCAGAUUUUUUGCCGUGUUCGCUCUGCAGUUCCCGGAAAAAGUUAUGGUACGAAUUCGGUUCAGAACUGGCAACCCUGCAGAGGAAUAACACGUGUAUAGCCACGCUCGCGCGUGUACGAGCGCAUUGAAAAAACGUCCUGCGCACAGCGACAUCGACUGGCCAACCUUCACAUGUGCAAUACAGGCGAACUGCAGAAGCACCACCUACUGCUUCCUGAUUAGCUCCUCCCCUUUUUCUUUGCGUCCCUAAAAAGGUGCCAAAUUUCUAAAGAGUUUUUUUAUUAUUAUUAUUAUUAAUAUUUCUAUCAUCAAUACAACGUCCACUUUAUUCCCCGUGUACGCAGCACAGGACCAGACUUUUUACUGUACAUUAAAUAAAAAUGUUGCACGAUUGAAACUUAUAAACCUUAAGAUUAUAGGGGGCGGGGCUUUCAGGGGAAUGACUUGUCUCUGCUCCGUUAUAAAUAAUACAACAAACGAUAUUUAACUAAAAUAUAUAAAUGUGUCUAAUGCAUGUGAAGUGAAAAAAGGGGCGGGGCUUCUAAGCAGUUGUCAUUAUUCCUGUUUUGAGCCGUUAGUUUUUCGUACGUCGUCGACGCGAAACCCUGAAAGGUCAGCAGAUCUGAUUCCCCCCCAUCUACAUUUGUUUUUGUGCUGCUGAAGAUCAAGAUACGUUUCAGGAACGUGCAAAUCGAACCCUAUCCGGCUCGAGACAACGAUCGUACUCUUUUCCCCAAGAAAAAAAAAAAAAAACUAUUCCUCCAUAAUAGUGAAUAUGGAACAUGUCCAGCAGGAAAUCCUUUAUUAAAUCAAUCAUUUAUAUAUAAAAUUGUUCUUUUGUUAAAAUAUCGAGCAGCCACGUUUAAAAUCCACAAACGCAAGCAUUUGGACAUGAGCACGUGUUUGACUGCACCCUGUUGCAAAGAAGUAGAGACUUGUUUAAAGAGAGAGAGAAAAGAAAAGAAAAAAGAACAGAUGGGGGAGGGAAGAAGCUGAUGACGUGUGGCCUCGUCCUCGUCUCAUCAUCGCCCCCUAGUGCAUCGGAUUUAAUUCGGGUUCCUGCAUGGUAUUGCCUUUUUUUCGUGCUAACUGCAUAAUCGAUCGUGUGUGUGUGUGU